GCGGACGGUUAGUUGCAAGUGUAGUUUUGCCACACCCAAAACAGCUCGGGUUCCAUUUUCGAGGUCAUAGAUCGCUUGUGAGAAGGGAACCACGCCAUUUGCGGCGGCAGCGGUUCAAUCCGGUUACACCGAGCGGAUAUGCAGGGGCAGUUGAAGCAACUGGCGGGGCAUGCGACGGCAUUCUGCGGAUCACAGAAGCGGGUGAUCGAGGUCGUGGUGCACGGAGAUUGGCUGAUCGUACAGGUAGCGCUGACGGGAGAUGGAAGGAGUUUGACGUUUAUGCUGCCGGCAUUUUGCACGCCAGACGGGAUGACAAGUGUGGUAACGUCGUUUGGCGUUGGAGAGCGACGUGGAGGCGCGGGGCACAAAGAUGGGCAUCGAUGCGUAUACAUGGAAAAGCUGAAGGGCGCAGCGAGGGGCAUCGUUGAUGUUCGUGACGCCGAAGAAGGCAACAAUAAAGGGAUUUCAGGCGUCUUGGAGCGGAUGCAUGGGCCAGUUUGCCGCACAAAGUAGAGGUUUCUCCCGGUUUAGAUGGGCUACUCAGCGUCUUAGUAACCUCUCUUAAUCGUGUUGUUGCUGAAGAAAGGGCGUCGCUUAGUGA